GCGGACGGGGAGAAGAGGGGUUACCGCAUUGCGCACUUGAUGCGUCCAACCGUGAUUGGGUGGCUAGCGAAACUUGCAGAUGGAGGGGACGGAGCGAGCCGGAGACGCUGCCGCGUGAGGUGGAGGACCAGGGGCCCUCCCGACUGGACAUCAAACCUCGUCAUGAACCUCCAUUGCGUGGAAGACACAGCCGACAGUGAGCGAGAAACAAUCACCAGUGAGUGGAUACCCCGCAAGCAACAGCAAGAUGGUGUCGAGCAAGACCUGGUUCCUCCCUCCGGACUUCACCUUCCUCCCCGAGGGCGCCAUCGCCCUGGGGCGAGUGAUCCCCUCCCCGCGGCAGCCGACGGCAACGCUGGCCUCGCUCGGCCCGCAAUCGGAUAAUCCGACCAUCCCCAUCCCCGCGACGACGGUGCUCGUCGAGAAGGGCCGCGCCUUCGCGGCCGAGACGAAGCGCUCCUUUGGCUUCGAGCUGCUGGCCAAGUUCCUCGCGCUGGCGUCGGCCAGCGGCAUGGCCGACGUCUCUUGGUCGCGCAACAAGAGCUUCAGCGCCGUCGACCACGAGGUACGCACGCUCGACGGCGACGCCUUCGCGCCCGCCGCGCUGCGCGCCAUCACCCGGCUGGAGGAGGUGCGGCGGCAUAUUGAGGGCGGGCGAUUCGGCCGGCGGUGCGUGUACGUCAUCACGGGUCUGCGCGUCGCGGUGGACCCAUUCACCGUCACGGACGAGAGGGCGUCCAAGGUGACCGGGUCCGUGGGCGGGUCUGGGCCGGUGCCUGCGGACGGGGUGCCAGUGGAGGCGGGAGGGGGUUUGUCUGGGUCGAAUGAGCACACGAGCAACCGGUCGUAUCAGACCGCGCCGGGGAUCGUGUUUGCGUACCGCCUGCAUGUGAUCCGGCCGAAGGGUGAGGACGACGCCGAGGGGGGGCUGUUUUCCGAUAGGACAGCGUUCCUCACCGGAGAAGCGGGGGACGACGACGAGGAGGAGGUUGGAGAGAUGGAACUGGUGGCCGUGGAUGUGAAGACGGUUAGGAACGACCUAGAUUUGGACCCAGACGUGUUUGGUAACGAGCAGAAGCUUGAGGAGGGUGAUGAGGAGUCUUAUGUUGUGAUGAAUUAGUGAGCCGGUCCUUUGCCAAGGCGCAACUUCCCAAGAUGACUUGGGUAACUGUUGACUUUAUAUACGCCGAUAUGUCAUUACAACGAUUACAGAAAUCCUUCACUCUGUAAUAAAAAUCCCAUGGGCGGGUGGAGGUGGCC